AUGGUGCGAAACUGCAGUUGCUGCCAAUCGACGAGAGCUGAACCGGCCAAAGCCCCAACUCGCUGUUGGCAACAACCGGUGAGACCGUUUGAGCGCAUCUAUGUGGAUUUCGCGGGGCCGUUCAUGCAAAACUACUUCAUUGAGCUGGUAGACGCGUACACCGAGUGGCCUGUGGUCAAAAUCCUCAACAACAUCACAACAGCGACUACCAUACAAUUUACUUCUGAAGCAUUCCAGGACUUCCUUCGGAAGAAUGGCAUCUACCAACAGAUGGGUGCACCAUACCAUCCGUCAACGAAUGGAUUAGCGGAGAGGUUCUUCGGGACAUUCAAGGCCAAGCUCAAGAGUUUGAAGUGCGACAAGGCGAUGCUGCAAGCGGAGCUGUGCAACGUUUUGCUCACCUACAGGAACACCUUUCAUCCAGCAACCGGACAGUCUCCGGCUAUGAUGGUCUACAAUCGUCCGCUGUGGUCUCGUUUGGACUUGAUGAUUCCGAAUCCAGAAACUGCCAGAAAGGAUGUUACAUAG